UCAAUUCCUCACGUCAAAACCAAAAAGCUAAAAAAGCCAAUCGUUCCGUUUUUCAGGAUUUCCCAUUUUCCCUCCAAAACAGGAUUUCGUCGUUCUUGCUUCCGAUGGAGGUUUCUUCGAAGCCGGCGGGUGGAAGGAGUGGAGGACAGAGAAAAAAGGCCGUUUCGAAGUCGGUGAAGGCAGGUCUGCAGUUUCCGGUCGGUCGGAUCGCUCGGUUCCUUAAAAAAGGCCGGUAUGCGGAGCGCUAUGGCGCCGGUGCACCCAUCUAUCUCGCCGCGGUGUUAGAGUACUUAGCCGCUGAGGUACAUCCGUAUGUCAAAAAAAAAUCCAUUUGGUUUCGAUAUUGUUCUCGCGUUUUCAAAAUUUACCAUUGAAAACGAAGGAAAAUCGGAGAGAAAAAGAUUUUCAUAUUAUCAGUGAAUGGUUUUUUGAAACCGAAUUCACCCCCCUCUUAGGUUGCCAUCUGGGCCAACAAAUUCCAUGCUUUUACAACUUUUCUUCAAAUAAGUUGGAAGGAGGAAGAAAUAGCUAAUCACGUCUCCCCCAAGGUUUUAUCUAUUUCUUCUUCACACUCAUUAGAAGAAAAAAUUGGUGCAAGCAUGGAAUAGCUGCUCCAAAUGUGUUGUGCUCUCUAUCUCAUUCACCUUACUGAAGGAAGAUAACUAUUUUGAUGAACCUUUUGAAAAAUUAUUACACUUUUAAGAACAUAUUUGCAAAUUAUGUUGUGAUGGUGGGUUGUUCAAGAGUGAUGGUGAAACUUCAAGGUCUUAAAUCAGCUAGCAUAUUGAGAUGUAAAAUUAUUAAUAUUGAAAAAUUUACAGGUAUUUGAAGUUUUUUAUUUGUCAUCAGAUCAUCCAUAAAAUGAGAUGUCAAACCACAGAAGGCCAUGUUGUACAGGAGAGUUGUGCGGCCUUAAUUAGCUUGGAUUUAAAAUGCUCAAUCUUAAUGACAUGAUCAUUGCUCAACUUAAAGAAAGAGAUGUCACAUAUCCUAACGUUAAAAAAGGUGUCCUCGUAGUUAUGGUGACUCCUGGAUCUCCUGCUGAUCGUGCUGGAUUCCAUCCUGGUGAUGUUGUCAUUGAAUUUAACGGAAAGCCAGUUGAAUCUAUCAAGGAGGUAUUCAACUAUUUUCUUUCUGUCUGUUUCAUGGUCUUACUGGGGGAGAGGAUUCGGAUUGUAGAUUUUGCUUGGAAGACCUUUUGCCUCCAUGACCUGGUUGCAUGGUUUAAAUUUACAAAAAUUGUGCUACAGAAUCAAAAUAGACUAAAAACGUAGAC